AUGUGGGCAAAUUCACCUCCCCGUUCUUCCUCACCGGACCGUGCCAGCGACUCUAUCCCACCGCAACCGUCGUCUUCGGCUUCUUCUACCGUCUCCACUUCAGCCACCAAUCAGUCGACAGUCGCGACCAGUUUGUCGAUUACCCCAGAUAGAGAAACCCUUGUUCUACCAGACGAUACUAUAAUUUCCAAACCCAUUGAUUCUGGCAAACAUUCACUUCCAAUCAACGCGGAGCAAUCGGAUGUCAGAGCAACCGAGGAACCAGAGGCUGGGCCAAUAGAGGUCGACGGAGCUGAAAAUGCUACGGAAGACGUCAAAGAAGAGCACGGUGAUGGCAGGAGCGGAGCGCAGGAGCAAACGCGCACUACGCGUAAUCUAAGGCAUCGCUCCCGUACGGUAGGCGGGAGCACACCAUCAACACCCGCCCCUACCAAACCCACAAAGGGGUCGAAGGCGGCACCAGAUGCAGCCUGCAGGAGAAGUCUUAGAUCAGCAGACAAGCCGAAACCCCCGAAUACUUCUGAUGUCCAUAAAGCUAAGCCGAAUGCGACGCGUCGCCAUAGUCAACGCAUACAGGUUGCGGCCGCAACCGCUGCGAAGCUCGCUGCGACUACAACACCGGCUCCAUCACGCGGAAAGAGGUCCCACGAGGUAAUGGCUGCCGGAUCUAAGAGUGCCGGUCCUAAAUUACAGAACUCUGUCCCGGCUACUGUUUCGACUGUCUCCUCAAAACCCGACGAUGAUGCCCCAAGGUCCAGUAAAAGAGCGAGGAAGGUUUUGUCUUAUGAUGAGGACAAGCACGAUGAACAGUUGGCUUUAUCAUUGACGCAUAGUACGUCUGGAGCUCUGGCUACGAAUCCAAGGAAGAGGAAGAAGAUCUGGUUGAACCAAGGUCUAUAUUUAGGCCAAGAGCAAGACAUAGAUGUUACAAGGCGCCCAUCCGGGGGAUCGAGAAAACGUGGAAAGGCCACGGAGAAAAAGAAGCCGUCCGUCUUACCCAUGCCCAUGUUUACCGGAUCGAGGAUUAUGGAAACCGAAAGGGACUUCAAGCUCCCAUUUAACGUGUUUGCGCCCAGUCCGUGGAGGUGUGGACCCAUUCCGGACUGGAGGAAACUGAAUCAUAAUGUUUUGAUUGGCGACGCCGCCUCCCAUUGGAGAAAAGAGAAGGCUUCUACAGCCAAGUGCGUUUGCGCUGAAGAGGUCGGCUGUGAUGAGAAUUGCCUCAAUAUGUGUACCUGGGUAGAAUGUGAUGAAGGCAACUGCAAUGUCGGAGUUGAGCGCUGCACAAACAGAGCUUUCGCGGACCUCAAGGAGAGGGUGAAAUCUGGCACAAAGUUUGCGGAGGGAGUCGAAGUUGUCAAGACUGCCAACUGCGGACAUGGCCUGAGGGCAACAAGGGGCUUUAUGCCCAAUCAGAUCAUCGUGGAGUAUACUGGUGAAAUAAUUACCCAGGAAGAGAGCGAGCGUAGAAUGGUCGAGGUCUAUAAGGAUAAUAAGAACUACUACCUUAUGUUGUUUCACCAAAACAUGAUACUUGACGCAACCAGAGGCUCGGUCGCUAGAUUUGUCAAUCAUUCGUGUGAUCCCAAUUGUCGGAUGGAGAAGUGGCUGGUCGAAGGUAGACCUAGAAUGGCACUGUUUGCCGGGGACGAUGGGAUCGAAGCUGGAGAGGAGCUCACAUACGACUACAAUUUCAACUGGUUUACUGGCGUUAGCCAACAGACUUGUCAUUGUGGGGCUGACAACUGUCGUGGGGCUCUGGGGAAGAAAGCUGAUGGCUUUCAGAGAGCAUCUCCGCCUGUCAAAGGCAAAGACAAAGCCAAAGGAAAGGCUGGGGCUGCUCCGAGGAGUAAACAAGCUUCGGCUAAAGUUAGAACUAGGGUUGCGCCCAAGAGCAAAGUGGCGGUCAAGGGCAAAGCGACAGCCAAGACCAGAGCCGCGGCCAAGACCACGAAGAUCACUAGGCCCAUCAAAUCCAGAACCACGAUGGCGGCAAGAGGAAAGGGUGUUAUAAGAGCUACCGUCAGGGAAACAGCAGUCAGAACCCAGCGGUCAGUCAGGGCCGGCUCUAGUCGUGUUCGUGGGAUGGAAGCCGGAGAGAUCGAGGCGGCUGGGGAGGCUGAGGCGGUUGAAAAGGACAGCGAGCAGAGUGAUAUGGAGGGGUUGGAAUCUAUACGUGUGGCGUCUUCUCCUGGCCAGGCAGUUUUAUCCGACUUGGCCCGCAAGAGAAUCCGCAAUCGCGGUGGAAAGCCCCGUGUUACCAAGACCUACAAGGUUGGAAAGACGAUUCGUGCCAAAUAUUACAAAGGGAAAUUGGGCCCUAGAAAGAAGGCUAUCCAGGAUGCAAUUACUCCACUACUAGCGUCUGAGAGCUCCCCUGAAUCUGCUACUAUAACUGUAGCUACAACUGCUAGGACAUAUAGGGAGAUCGCACCGAAACCACCUUUUGAUGCAGAAGCUUCGAGUUCAAUGAGCAGCACUAGUGGUACUUCGGUUUCUGGCAGAGUAGGUGUUAGAAGAUCAGUCAGGAAGAGUGCUGCCCCUAAUGCGGGGCAAAAUACGGUCCAAACUUUCGAAGCACUUGUUGCCGGACAUCCGACUACGGCGCUCAGUCAAGCGUUGAAUACAGUUCUUGCUACAAGCGUCGAAUCGGAGGCUCUCGCAACUGGCGUUGGGCUAUUGGGCAGUGUCGAAUGCACUGUCUAA